CAGCGGGCUGGCGUUGAAUCCGGUUGAGCGGCGACAAGUUGUUUACUUGAAGAUCGGAGAAAGUUUAUGUUACUUCAAAGCUACUGGGCGAACAGUGUUUUGGUUAUGUCACCCUAGUACACAGCCGUGUGACUACUGAGGGCACAUCGGGCGUUACGUCGCUAAAAUAAAGAUAAGAAGAAUACACAGAAUAUUAAACAAUGUUAGACCCGAGUUUGCCCUGGCUAGCCGUGGGCUAUAGAAAUCUCAAUAAAGAAAAGUUUACUCGAAGACGUUAUGAGAAAGAGGACUACAGUAGCACUUUGGAAGAUAGGAAUACAGACGAAGAUGUGCGUAUGAGGUCAGCGGUGUCAAAUCAACGACAGCGUGUCAAGAGUGCGACAACGUACAGGCAUUAUUAUACUGCACGUAAUACAUCAAGACCUAGGAGCGCUUCUUCUGUUCUGAAUAAAGUAAACCGACCAUUGAGUGCACAAUCUGGCAGGUAUGCCGCAGACGGUCGAUAUACACCCAGUGAUCAAAUGUCUCUGUGUCGGCUUUCAUCUCGGCGGAGAGUCAAAAGUGCUACCACUCGUAGACACGUGGUGCCCUUACAGAAGAGCCACACCCUCAUUGAACGUUUUUACCACAAUGAAAAAAUAACACACAUUAAUGAACAUGAGCAUAGCUCGGAAGACAGGUGUGUUUAUUGUCCGGUGGAAUGCCGCCCACCUUCUAGCAGCACUAACAGACCAACGUCAUCUACUGGAUUAGUAGCUGCAAGACUGCCAUCGCAUUUUGAUCGUUUUAUUCACUGGACCCGACCCAGCACAGCUCCUGCAACGAGAAAAGAAUUUUUACAGUUACCCAGGCACAAUGGUGUGAGGCGAGGCAAUGUGCCGCAUUAUACCAAUUUUGUUCGACGAAUAGACUUGGGAAUUCGUGAUAGGACUCCAUCACCACCACCGAGAACUAGGAGGGCAUUUGAAGAAGACCAACCAAGAUCAGUAUCAUCUCUAUCGGCCGUCCAUUCAGCUAGUAGUCAUAGAUACGAGAAUGGUGUUGAUGUCGGGAUGCACAGUGAAGGGGACUCAGACUGGCAGGAUAUUGAAAUCCGUGAGGAGCUUGCCCCUGAUCAAUAUGAUGAAGAAGCUUAUGAUGAUGCAAUCCAUAUCCCAACGCCGACACCGGAACCAAAAGAUGAAGAAUUAUUUAAUGUAGUACCGCCAGAUGAGGUAUCUCAGGCUUGGCUGGAACAUGUCCCUCAUGCACCUACACCAACACCAGCAACAUCUGAUGGUAUUCCUACACCACGGAGGGAGCCCUCACCACCUCUAUCUUCAGUCAAAAUGUCCUCUCAACGUGUAAGUAAACCCACAACUAUAGACAUACCAGAGAGAGUACCUUCUCCUCCGCCUACAAAAACACCCACCCCUCCAUCAUCGCCAAAACCUAAGAAAGAGGUUCGCAUACAAGAAACAGUUCAGACAAUCCCAUCCAAACCUAGAAUACCCAAGGAGAAAAAAGAGAAGAAAGGCGGGCAGGUGCGAAGAGUUUCAAACGCAAGGAAGGAAAGUCUGAGACCAGAAAUACUGGCUAGCCUUGAGCCUGCACCGGUGGAAGAAGAGAAACAAGAGGUGAAAGAAGAAAAAGUUGAAGAAGUUGUUGAAAAGCCAGAAGUAAUUAUUCCAGCACUGCCUGCUUUUCAGGAAAAACAACGAGAUCCUGUGCCUGAACCAACUGUGUCCGUAGAAAAACAGUCUAUGAGUGUUGUAGCUGACGUUGUAAUCAAAGAACCAGAACCAGAACCAGAGGUAGAAGAACUGAAAGAAGAGAAAAGAAAGAAAUUGAAUGAUCCACCAUCACGUAACAAAGUACAAGAUUUGUUUGCUCUAGAUCCUAAUGAGUUACUGGACAUGGAGAUGAAAAUGCGACGUCGUGGUCCUGGCAGUCAGUCUGACGCUGACUCCGCGUAUAUGGACUUGCAGGCUCCGGCCGUAGAUACUAUGGAUCGAAAAUCUAAAAUACAGCCGUGGUUGCAAGGGCGACUGGCGUUCUCCAAACAGACAGCACGAUUUGAGAUUCCCAUGGAUGUUAGAGUUCUGAAGAACAUGACGCCAGUCGAAUAUCUCACUCAAUACUGCAUAGUCAGUAAACGAAGACAAGCAUUUUAUCGAAGACAUUUUAAUAAAGUUGAUAGAGACAAUGAUUUGAAAAUUAACAGAAAGGAAUUGGAGCAAGCGUUGAAGAAUGUCCAUGUUGAUGCGAUCACGUCUGAAGAAAUAGACAAAAUUGUUGAGUUGGUCGACCUGGAUGACGAGAACUAUAAAUUUAUGUUUAAAUUAUUUUCUGCCAUGUGUGCACUUUCUGAACGAAUACUUUAUCCAAACUUUGUAACAGAGGAUACAGCUCAUUUACCCGAGCAUCAGAAAGAGAAAGUUGAAGAUGCUGAUUUUAGUGCCUUGGAUUGGAAACUGGAUGGAUAUCCAGUUAAUCCACCAGUGAAAAAGAUCCUUUACAUGCUAUGA